GGACGAUCGCGGAACAUCCAGCAUCCCGAACGCGCGCGCAAUUCUGAAUCCCGAAAUUUUCAUUCAGCUGUCUUCGAUCGAAAAUGGGCGCGUGAAUUCUAACAUAAAAGUUUAUCUUUAAAAAUAUUUAAAAAAAGUGUUAAUGAUAUUUUUGUCUAUUUAUAUCUAAACUCUUAAUUUUCAUCUUUGAAAUAAUAAAAUUCGGUUCAAAUCGAAGAAGUUUAUUUAUAAAUAUUUAGUGUACGUGACUGAGGUCUUGUCGCGAGGAAAAUUACCCACCGUGUCGUUGUUUUAAACAGUUCACGACUCGUGCAGCUCUCACCUCUUUUCGCACAGACUUCGGAUUUCGUCCCUAUCGUUCCACUUACAUCUGUAAGGAGCAAACACGCGUUUGCCAUUCAUGUAUUCAACGUAUUCGCAUCGUUUGCGUACUGUUCACUGUCCGUGCCGCGACAUUUCGGAGAAUUUUCAUAAUUCAUUGCACGUCCGAUAAGCGAUUGCUAUUGUUGGCGAUUUCGUAAGACCCACGCGGACAGGACACACGCGUGUUAUUUAGGCACAAAGCGACAAAAAGGACGCACCAAACUACAAAAUGAAGCGCAAAAAAGCUUGAAAACCUUCCGACCACAUUUCCAUCGUCUUUGAAAUGUGAUUAUCGCAUCAUUCCUCCCUAUAAUCAAACGAGUACCUGUAUUGAAUCUACCUGAAAGCCGACGACGAUGAAAAUAGUCUUAAUGGUGCAAACACAGAAAUAUUUUUCUACGGAAAUAACAGGAUAUAAAGUUAUACAAGUAUUAUAAAGAGGAGCUAUUUUUACACAUGCCAUUAAAUUUUAAUAAACGCAUAAAUGAUGCUGCUUCAUUCCAUAAAAAAAAUCAUAUUUUAAACGUUAUUAAGUGUCAAUAAACCAGCAACAAGAAUUGUCAACAAAUGCAAUUAACAAGUGGGUGCAUGUGCGUUCUUAAUCGAGUUGAAAAUAGUGCCAAUGUCGUUGGUUAUGCCUACGGAGCAAUCGUCGGCGUUGACGCAUCGCUCUGUUUUGCACAAAGUGCGGGGAAGAUUGUUGAAAUGGGUGUACAGACUUAAGAAAGAUGGAAGCCGAGACCCGAACGAUACCGAGGUCUAUUUGGAUGAAGAAUGUGCGAAGGUGUUUACUAUGGAUAGCGGGAAUGCGGAGAAAUUCGAUUUAGAGAAGUUACACGACGACGCGUCAAUAUCAGGCGAGGCGAGAAAUUACGGCGAGAACGAAUAUGCAUUGCACCGGAAGAAAAGUUACCCGCAUAUGCAUGCACCUUUAAAAGUGCCCAAGGUCCGACGUCGCAGCUCCUCGCACACUACAGUCACCGCAUCAGGCACUCCCGAAUCUGAAACACCGACUACACAAACGAGCCAAACACCAGCACACGAGUCUAUCUUUUCAAGUCCUGGCACUGGCUUGGUAACUAUUUCUCACUUGGUCGAAGACGAAAGUGGCACUGAGUCCGAAGGCGUUCUCUCCGACCCAUCUGGCUACAAGUCGCACGACCUAUCACCGGAAAAGAAGGUUCAAUUUACACCUGGCGAUUUUCAAGGAAUACCCGAAGAUGACGGGCAGGAGAUCAAGCCAGGAGAUGAUAAGAAAGUUCGCAGAAGCCGUCAUCACCACAUCCACCAUAAAUUCCGCAAAUAUUCUCUGCCGGACGACUCGAGCCGUCGCCAACACUCACAUCGUCGCCAUGUCGCACCGGAGAACUACAACAAAGGUCGGCGUGUCUCCACUCAACCAGAGGAUCUACCGCUCAAGGAAACUGAUAGGGACCAAUUGGACAGUCACAGGUCCGAUGAUCCUCGAGGACAUCGCCGCCAUCGUACCACACGGCCAUCAAAUGCUUCCAUGGUGCACAUUGGCAGGGGCGAACAACUCAAUCAAGUCUUCUUUAAGAAGAUGUACGAUCACAGCCCACAUGCUAUAUUCGUUGAAUUGGACGAGAUCGACGAGAAACACGACGAACGUGAGUGGAAGGAAACAGCCCGUUGGAUUAAGUAUGAGGAAGAUCUUGAAGAGGGUGUUGAUCGAUGGGGUAAACCUCACGUAGCAUCGCUGAGUUUCCAUUCGUUGUUGAAUCUACGCAAAUGUCUGGAAGACGGACUCGUGUGUCUUGACAUGGAGGAACGCGACCUGCCCGCGAUCGCCUAUCGCAUCUCAGAGGACUUGUACAAGGAGGAUCUAAUUCGCGAAGACGAUAAGGCAAAAAUAAUGCGUAUGCUGUUGCUGAGGCAUCGUCACGUCAACGAACACCAUGACAGGCGCUUCGGUUUUCAUAAGAAACACAGCUACACAUCGCUGCAGUCGUUAUGGCUGGAAGACGGGGCAGCAUACGACGCUAUGAUGAUGGCACGUUGUUCGGUGUGCUCUGCACAGGGUUCUCUGUGCCCGCCGCACUUAUUACACCGCGGCUCAAUCAUCUCUUAUCACAAUCUCCACGAUUCCGAGCGGCGGAAAACAAUUGAUGUCGGCAAUAGCGUAAAGAACGGUCACGCAUUGGAUCCCGAAGGAAAACUGAUAAGUUCGGACAAUCACGCAACCAUUGUUGACAUGAAGGAAGAAAUGUAUACAGCUAGCAAUGAAGAUUUAAAGCGCACGCAGAACGACACCAUCCUGCGGCGUAUUCCGGAAGGGGCUCAAGGUACAAGCGUGCUAGUAGGCUCGGUGGAUUUCCUCGAACAACCUGCAAUCGCAUUCAUUCGUUUGGCUGAAGGCGUCGUUAUUCCCUCUCUUAUCGAAGUUAACAUCCCAGUGCGUUUCAUAUUCUUAUUAUUGGGACCAAAAGACGCAAAGCUCGAUUAUCACGAGGUUGGCAGGUCUAUCUCGACGCUCAUGGCAAACCAACAGUUUCAUAAUAUCGCAUACAGUGCUGAUAACAGAAAAGUUUUGCUCUCAGCGAUCAACGAGUUUCUUGACGAUAGUAUUGUGCUACCACCUGGCGACUGGGAACGGCAGGCACUUCUACCGAUCGAAGAAAUUAAAGCGAAGAGCCAGGCUAUCCGCAAGCGCAAAGAGAACGCGCUAAAGAAACAACAUGGAGAAACCAAGCCGCUCCUGACUGCAGAUGGCGGAGAUGGUAAAAAACCGCCGUUUCCGAACCCGCUUGAACGAACGAAACGACCUUUCGGCGGGCUUAUCAAUGAUAUUCGCCGUCGCUUUCCAGCGUAUAAGAGUGAUAUACUCCAUGGUAUGAAUGCUCAAUGUGCAGCGGCGGCUAUUUUCAUGUACUUUGCCGCUCUCUCGGGUGCAAUUACAUUCGGCGGAUUAAUGAGCGACAAAACAGAGAAUUACAUUGGGAUUUCAGAGACUCUGGUUGCGACAGCGGCCGCCGGUGUUGUAUUUGCACUCUGUGCUGGCCAACCACUCGUGAUCGUAGGAAGCACUGGACCACUUUUACUAUUUGAUGAAAGUCUGUAUCAAUUCUGCAAAGCCAACGACAUUGAAUACCUCACCACGCGCGUUUAUAUUGGUAUUUGGCUGGGCAUUAUAGCGCUAUUUGUGGCGUCUCUAGAGGGCAGCGUUUUCGUUAAAUUAUUCACGCGCUUUACAGAGGAGAUAUUUUCGGCUCUGAUUUCUCUAUUGUAUAUUGUUGAAAGCGUUAUGAAAUUGGUCUUCGUUUUCGGUAGACAUCCGCUGAUGUUUACGUACUGCGAUAAUCGUAUCAUGGCAGCAUUAGUCGGCAAUUUGACUGAGUUGAUGGAGAACUCAACCGACUUUAGCAACAACACUGCACUCGCAUCCAUUCCAGAAAUAGAUUAUUAUCCAAUGAAGGAUGAAAGAGGAAAGCCUAUCAAUCGACCUAAUACGGCCCUGUUUUGUACUAUUCUCGCGCUGGGAACUUUUGCUAUCGCCUACUACUUGAGAUUAUUUAGAAACAGCCAGUUUCUAGGAAGAAGUGCUCGUCGUGCGCUUGGGGACUUUGGAGUACCCAUCGCAAUCGUCAUCAUGGUCUUCAUGGACUAUAUGGUACCCGAAACCUAUACAGAGAAACUGAGCGUGCCCGAAGGAUUGUCCCCCUCUAACACGGAAGUUAGAGGCUGGUUAAUCAGUCCGAGCGGCACUAAUGAACCUUUUCCCUUGUGGGUAGUUGGCGCGUCCUGCAUCCCCGCAAUGCUCGUGUACAUCCUCCUCUUUAUGGAAACACACAUUUGCGAAUUGAUUAUGGAUAAGAAGGAACGUAAACUCCAGAAAGGCAGUGGAUUCCACCUCGACAUCGUACUCAUCUGUCUAAUAAACGUGGGCUGUGGGUUUUUGGGAACACCGUGGAUCUGUGCGGCAACUGUAAGAUCGGUGGCGCACAUAUCUGCGGUGACCGUCAUGUCCCGGACGCAUGCCCCCGGCGAGAAACCUCAUAUUAUCGAAGUGAAGGAGCAAAGAGUUUCCGCAUUGACUGUUUCCCUUCUGGUGGGUUUAUCCGUGCUAAUGGCUCCGCUACUUCGGCUGGUUCCGAUGUCGGUGCUGUUUGGCGUAUUCCUUUACAUGGGCGUUGCAUCCACGGAUGGCAUUCAGUUCUUUGACCGCAUGAAAUUGUUCUUCAUGCCUGUGAAACAUCAUCCGCAGGCGUCCUACGUAAGAAGGGUGAAAACAAUAAAAAUGCACCUCUUCACAUUUGUCCAAUUGAUGUGUCUGGUGAUUUUGUGGGUGGUCAAGUCCACCAAAGCGUCCCUGGCCUUCCCAUUCUUCUUGCUAUUGAUGAUUCCACUUCGCGGACUCCUCAAACAUUUGUUCACGCCUGUCGAAUUACGCGCCUUGGAUGGCGACCAACCGGAUGUGGACGAUGACGAGCCAGAUUUCUACGCCGAGGCACCACUUCCUGGCUGAACAGUAACUGUUCUCUACACACGACUUUUAUGCAUAAAUACUUUAUUGAAAUCUUAUCUUCUGAAGCACGUUUCGAACAAAAUUAAACUAAUUAAUAUUCGCGUCUGAUUGAUGUUCGCAAUAAAUGGUUGCGAGAUGUAACUGUACCAUAAAAGAAUUCAAACCUCAAAAUCUCGAUUUUAAUUCAUUACUUAAGUGUCUAAAACAUCUAUAAAAAAUGUUACGAUAGCUACAGUAUUACAUAAAUCUUAAUCGAGGUUUUGAUUGCGGCCACAUUACUAAUAAGAUAUGUUUUGUUAAUAUAAUACUUACUGAUAAUACUGCGAUAAAUUUAGAUGAAGAUUAUUAGAUAUUUAGGACGGUAGUGAAGUUAGGAGUUAUAUUAUUCAUCUGUGUGAGAUUCCGAAUUUCAUCAUUUGGAUCCUCUAAUUUCAGCUAGCAAAUGUUAGAAGACUGUGAUUAAAAUUGGCCUCACUUUGAACUAUUACUCUGACUGUACUGUAAUAUGGAGAGUAUUUAGCCAGAUAUAGAGAAGAGGGAUUAUGUAUUAUGAUCAAAAAACUAUUCAUAUGCGUAAAGAUAUAUCUUACAAACGUUUUGAUUCAUUGGAUAGUUAGUACACAGCGCAUUCGUUUUAGAUUUUGUUCUCUAUUAACGUAAUCGGAAGUGUAGCUUCUCAAGAAGUAAUUUAUUUUUACCGAUAAGCAAUAGAUUAAUAAGAUUGAUAAAUAAAUAAUAAAUAUACUUAAUUAUA